AUGUCCGGCGUCCCUCCCUCCCCGCUCUUCUUCCGUCAGCCGCUGCGGUACAUGAAAUGGGCUGCGUACAACAAGCCGGCUUACUUCUACUCGAUCGUCAUCGGCCUCGCUGGUCCUGUAAUGUUGGUUACCGUCCCUCCGAUUCGGAGAUACAUGGGCGCAGAGCCCAUUCAGAAGAUUCCCUUGACAUACCCAGUACCAAAGGGACCACGGCCAAGGCCAGCGGGAUAUGAUGAUGAGUAA